AUGAGCGAUGUAUAUCAUCCUGGAUCCGGUGGAUCAAAAGGAUUCCCUCCAGCUCCAUAUGGUUAUCCAAUGCAUUGUAAUAUGUCUCGUGCCUUUCAAGAAAUGACUGAUGAUGAACGAAAGUGCCUAGAUGAACGAAAGUAUUGGUGCUUUCUACUUUCAAGAAUGUUAAAUAAUCUGUUGAAAAUCAUCUCGUCAUUCGUCAUUAUUUAUCCAUUCUAUCGAAUAAAAUUAUAUUUUUUAACAAAAUAUCUGAGAAUAUUCAAUGAUAUUCUAUUUAAUAGAAAUAAUGAAGAGGAAGGAAGAGAGGAAUAG